GUUUCACUGCAAUAAUACUAGCAAGUCUGGAAUAACAUGAGAGUAAACUAAUGACAGAAUUUUGGGUGAACUAUCCCUUUAAAUUUAACCAGCGUACUCAUGUUGUCAUUUUUAUUCAACAGAAGGGUAAAGUAUCAUUUAUUUUUCAGCUAUUUUACGAUUUUAUUUGCGUUUGAAAGAAUACUGCAUCAGUUGGCAUACACUUGUCAGUCUAUGUAAACUCCCUGCAUCUGCAAAGGGAGUGGAUCUGCCAUCCCUUCCCCCAUCACCACCACCAUCAUCACCGCCGGACCAGUGAGCACCAGGCUCGGUACAUCAUUUCACCGUUAUGGCAAAUGAAUUCCCACAAAACAGAGAAGGAACUGCCAACUCACGCCAUGCCAAUCUCACGUCGUCUCUGGACCUGAGCACGUCUCUAGAUCACAGCGUGCAGACGCGGAUUUUUAAAAUCAUUGUCAUCGGGGACUCAAAUGUGGGUAAGACCUGUUUAACCUUCCGCUUCACCGGCGGAGCCUUCCCCUGCAAGACUGAAGCCACAAUCGGCGUGGAUUUCAGGGAGAAAGCCGUGGAGAUCGAGGGCGAGAAAAUAAAGGUACAAGUAUGGGACACAGCAGGCCAGGAGCGCUUUCGGAAGAGCAUGGUGGAGCACUACUACCGCAACGUGCAUGCUGUCGUAUUUGUGUACGACGUCACAAAAAUGGCCUCAUUCCAGAACCUAAAGACCUGGAUUCAGGAGUGUAACGGGCACGGGGUGUCAUCCUCAGUCCCUCGUGUUCUGGUGGGAAACAAAUGCGAUCUAGUUGACCAGAUCCAGGUCCCUUCCAACACUGCCCUUAAGUUUGCCGAUUCCCAUAACAUGCUACUGUUUGAAACAUCAGCCAAAGAUCCCAAGGAGAGCCAGAACGUGGACUCCAUUUUCAUGUGCCUCGCAUGUCGUCUAAAAGCCCAAAAGUCCCUGAUCUACAGAGAUGUGGAGAGAGAAGACGGCAGAGUGAGGCUGACACAUCAGCCCGAUCCUAAGAGUAACUGCCCGUGCUGAGGACCUUAAACUGUGAAAUUAUUAACACUGAUGAUAAUUCACAAUGCAAGAAUGUGCCUGCAACUAAUUUUAGUUACUUUAUGACAGCUGCUCCAUGAACUAUCCUUGUUUCUGUGUGUGUGUGUGUGUGUGUGUGUGUAUAUGUGUGUGUUUGUGUAUGCUAUCUCACAUGUUGGUAAAUCCCACAAAAACAGUCAAGAAUAUGUCCGGGUCAUAUUUUAUCUCAAAAUCAAAAGAAAGAAAUGAGAAAUAAAAUAAAGCCACAUUUGCAUUGUGACAUUAUUUUCAUGACAAUUAAGCACAUUUCCCCCAAAAUUCACAUUACUGUAAUGAAAAAAAAAAUCUUACUUUCAUUAUUGUAAUGCUAAACAAUUUAUAUAUUAUUGUUAUUAUUAUUAACACAUUUAAUUUUUGCUGAUUUAAAUAAAACAAUAUUGUAUAAAUAGAAUCUUAUGACAAUCAUCAUUAUUUUAUAAUUACAAAAUAAGUAGUUUACUCAAAAGUAAAACAUCAGGUGCAUUAUUUUGAGAUUUUUGGCGAAGAAAAAAUGAGAAAAAAAAUCUGCAAAAAUAUAAUGGCCCUACAAUAUGCUUCAUUUUCAUCAUCAAAAGAAAAAUGUGAGCUUGACAGGUUUACUCAAUAUAUCACCCAUGUGUAGAAGAAUGAUUUUUGAUCCCUCAUGCUUAAUUUAGCGAACAAUUUAUAUGCAAAAUACCACUUAAAAGUAACCUUUAAAUGAAUGAAGAGACGUGACAUUUGUUAUUUGGUUCUUUCACACAUUCAUUUGGGUUCAUCCAUCAGCACAUAACAUCUCCAACGUCAUUGGCUGAUGGUCUUAAAGGGAUAGUUCACCCAAAAAUAAAAGUUCUGUCAUCAAUUAUUCACUCUCAAGUUGUUCCAAACCUGUAUGAGUUCCUUUGUUCUGCCGAACAUACACACAUACACACACAAAAAUAAUAAUAAUAAUAUUUUGAAGAAUGUGGAUAACUAAACUGUUUCUGGUCCCCAUUGACUUCCAUAGUAUUUUUUAAUACGAUGGAAGUCAAUGGGGACCAGCAACUGUUUGGCUACCCACAUUGUUCAAAAUAUCUUUGCAUGUGUGUGUGUUCAACAGAACAUAGAAACAUACACAUUUGGAACAAAAUGAGGGUGAGAAUUUUCAUUUUUGGGUGAACUAUCCCUUUAAGGUUUUAGAUGUCCGGGAACUGCACAUGGAAUCCAAACCCUUCAGCACUGCAUGAGAGUUUUUACAAUGAUCAUUCAAAUGUUUGUGUUGCCUUAAAACAUAUUUAUUUGUUGUUGUUGUUUUUCCCCUAGCCUUCUAGUUACUCCUUGCUAAAAUAUUUCUAACAUUAACCCUCACUAACAGCAUGGAUGUAUUUGAAACUCAUUAAAAUUAUGGAAAUAUUAAAACAUUCUGAUAGUUAGUUAGCAUUAAAUAGUUUAGUGACCCAACAAAAUGCUUAAUGUAAUCAGAUGCCACUCAUAAUUCACAUGCACAUUGUGAACGAGUGUAACCGUGUGGGAAGUUUUAUGUAGCAUCACACAGUAUUUCACCAGCUUAAAGUGGUUCUUCCAAAUGCAUAAAGACUCAAAUAUCUACAAAAGCAAGGUUCGAACAGGCUAAUGAUUGUUACAUUUAUAUUCAAAAGAACCAGAAAAUGAUAUUACCAUGACAGAAUGGCAGUGUGAGUGUUUGUGGAAAAUGUUGAUUAUGGAAUAAGAGAGUGUAACUUUGUUUGUUUUGUUAUUAUAAGCUCUACCCACUGCCUAUUGUUUUGUUCCAUUCUUUUGGUUCUACAGAAGAAGUUGCAGUUUUUUGUGUGCGUGGUUUCAAAUGUAUUCAGAUUCAUAAGAGAAUUCUUUGGUUUCAAUAGUUUUAGCCUUAUAUCUGAUGAAGACAUUGAAGCCUUAUGAUUUGUCUUGUUUUGUGCCAUUAUAUGCUGUGUGACGUCACAAUAUGUAUGUUAGGUUUUGAGCACCAAAUUAAAUCUCACAUAUCCUGAA